UGCCUACCCGCGCAGACCGGGAGAAACUUGGCUGCAAGGAAAGAGGGAGGGCCGCCAGAGGAGGUGUCAGCAUGCCGUCUGCUUUCCAGUUUCAAUGCCACUUCAUUCUCAUCUUCCUGGCAGCCUCCAAGGGGGAAACCAGAUACCUCGAGGUGAGGGAUGCCCAUGAAGAUGAACCCUUCCUACUCCUCAGUGAAGAUCUGAAGCGAGAGCUGUCUGCAGGGCAGAUCUACCGGCGGUCACUCCGGUGCAUCGACAUGCUGAGUAUAGAGGGGCAGUUCACCUUCACCGCACAGCAACCAGAGCUGCACUGUGCGAUCUUCUUCAUCGGGGAGCCCGACGAGCUCAUCGCCAUAGACUACGACUUUGUAAACAUCGACUGCCAAGGGGGCGAUUUCCUGAAGGUAUUUGAUGGCUGGAUACUCAAAGGACAGAAAUUUCCCAGUUCCUUGGACCAUCCCCUCCCCACUUCGCAAAGAUACAUAGACUUUUGUGAAAGUGGUAAUAUUCACAGAAGCUUCAGGUCAUCACAGAACGUGGCAAUGAUCUUCUUCAGGAUUCACCAGCCAGGCAAUGGUUUUACUAUCACAGUCAAGAAAAAUGCCAACCUGUUUCCUUGCAAUGUCAUCUCUCAGACUCCCUCAGGAAGGUUUACCAUGGUCGUUCCUCAUGAGCACAGAAACUGCAGCUUCUCCAUAAUCUACCCAGUGGUGAUAAAAAUAACUGAGCUUAUCUUGGGACAUUCAAAUGGCCUCUAUUUAAAGAAACCAUCAACAGGCUGUGCAGGGGCAGGAGAUUUUGUAGAGCUGCUAGGAGGCACUGGCUUAGACCCAUCCAAGAUGUUUCCACUAGCUGAUCUCUGUCACUCCUUUCACGGAUCUGCUCAAAUGAAGAUUGGCUGUGACAAUACUGUGCUGCGAAUGGUCUCCAGCGGCAAACACAUCAAUCGUGUGACAUUUGAGUAUCAUCAACUCGAUCUGCAGCAAGCAGAAAACAGAAAGGAGAACAGCAUUGAGGAAUUCUGCUUUCCUAGUAUCUGAGAAACCAGGCCAUAUAUUUUCACAUAGCUAAUGAAAAUAAGGUUCUGGUGAAUUAAAAAAAAAAUGUA